AUCCUUAUUACUGAAGACUGAAGUUUAGACCGCGUUUGUCAAUGGUAGCGUUACACUUAGGCGUGUUAUCUCCUCGCAUUACUCUACAUUUUUUGUGCAUUAUAAAGACACGUUUCAAGAAAACCUUGAGUUCCAAAUCAAAAAAUUCUUAGUAAAAUCAGGGAAAGUGAUCAUUGAUGUUGUAGCCUCCAAUAGGUUACCACCUCACAUUAUUGGAUUAAAACUAUUGUGAACGGUACCUUAGUUUAUGGCUUCCCUUAUUGUGGGAACUAAAAGAUAUGCUGUCUAAAUCCUACGUUGCAAUAGUUAAACAAUAAACAAAAAUGGAGAGUGCUGUUUGGUCAUUUUGUGUCCCAAUUUAUCCCAAUAAUUUCACUCAGUUGACCCGUUCUUUACUUCAAUAUGUUAUUUCGUGUGUUAAUAAGUUCAUCCCUGAUCUAGAAGGUGUCCUUGUGGAUUUUGAUGCCAAAAGUUUACAAAUCAUAACUGAAGUUGAUUAUUCUGAUCGUUAUGUCCCUAAUGGUUUCACUUGUGGUCUUUUCCUGAUUCAUCCAGAGUUAAACCAUCUUCGUGUACACGGAAAAAUAAAAGUCAAUGUUUUUCGGCCACAUUUGGGUUUGGAAGUAGAUGCUGUUGUUUCAGUGGUUAGACCACAAUUUAUUCUUUGCCGUACAGAAAUUUCCAAUGUAAUGAUUAGUAUUCCACUCUUGUCUUCUGAGUCAGUAAAAAAGGAAGAAUUCAGCCAGUACAUGUUGAAACCUUUUGACAAAAUAAGAGUUAAAUUGACUCAAAUUGAUAAUAAUUUUGGCUCUCCAGUUUUACAAGGUGACUUUAUGGAGUGUCUUUCAAAACCCUUAUCAAAAUAUUCCGAGAAACAACAUAAGCAUCAAACAAAUUCCGCUGCCACUGGUCUGAAUGAUAUAAAACCAGUUUUUAAAGUGUCCGAUGAUACUAAUAGUUAUAAAACUACUCCAUCAUUUCAUGCAAAUUCUUCUGAUCCAGUCACUUCUCCAACUAAUUCACCUAACCAUAAAACACCAAAAGUUAGGAAACGAAAGAUUCGGAAACUUGGAUCAUUAGAAGAAGUUGGAGUCCUCGGUAAUUGUAGUGAAAGUCUAUUAACUCAUGAUGAGUCUCCAACUGAUUCAGUGAAGAAAUUACGAAAGGAAAACUCAUCAACUUCCAAAAUACUAAAAAAGAAAGGUAAUUUGGAUUCAGAAGAAACUGUCCAUGCAUUAUUAAGCGAUGCACUGUUGAAAUGUGGCAGGAAAUAUAAGUCGAACCAUAAUCUACUAUCUUCUGUAACUGUAAAAGAGGAGCCAACUUAAUCUUCAAUAAAUGUGCUAUCCAUGCAUACACAGUUAUUACUUUCCAUAUUUCUUAUUUAUAAUGUAUAAAUAGAUUAUCACGUUUGGAGUUUUUUUUAAGUUUCUAGAUUAAUCUUUAAAAUUAUUAUGUACAACAGUUUCAUUGACGAUGAGGCAUUGCAGUAUUCUAGCGUUUAGUAAAGUUCUACCACUAUUUUCAAUGCAUACAAAUAAAUGUGCUUCUGAUUACCACAAUUUGUGUAAUGUUCUUCCGAUAAUUGGAAGCCAAAUGGUCAUAGCAAACGUUUUAGAAUCCCUUUUCUAUUGUACCAUUAGCUUCUAAAGAUUUAUCACUAUAUAUGGUGUGUGAGCAAUAGCCAUAUUAACUAUCUAGGAUGCUUAAAUAACUACCAACCACAGUCUUGUGUCAGUUCAUUCUCUAUAGAUUUCUCUCUUCUAGUCAUCCUGAACUUUUAGUUUGUGUGCAAAUUUUUUGUCUGAUAUCUUCACAGUUUCCAAACAUAAUACCAAAGAAUCUUCGAAUAUUAAUUAGUUUCGGCGAAAUUUGUUGUAUUUGCCGACCAUUGGUAUACAAUAAUUAUAGUUCGGUAGGUAUUUGUAUCACGAUGAAUAGCUU